AUGAAUCGAUUAAGGAGAAGACAUUUUGUGACCAUCUUGGGUUCAUCUGCGGUCAUCAAGCAGGUGGUUGAACCCCCAAUUGCCGUCGUCAUCGAAGCCAUUUUCGACGCUGGUAAGGCGUCCUCUUCGAUCAAAGCAGUUGUCGGGAAGCUGUUUGCCGGUGUGUGGAUUGGGUCUGUUCGCGACGGGAAGGAGCAAUACGUUCGAUUAAAACAACCCUCUCCCGUCGAUUUCUUCGUCGCGAAGGCCAAUACACCGCGACGGGAAGGAUCUGAUUCGUUCGAUUGUGUGUUCGCCUCGCCGGUUCGGUUUCGCGAAGAAACGAGUAGCUCGCGCCGGGAAGGAGAUCCGUUUCGAUUUGCUACCGUUUCCGUACGUUUCCUGUGUUUGUGUGCUCGCCGACAAUGCCGCCCAAGGAAGAGAAGAUUCCUCAAGCGGCAACUUUUCCGGGCACUCUACGAUUUACCAGCGGUGAAGCAGGAGUCUGCUAAUCGCAUCCACAGCCUGAUCGACGAUUUCCAGCGCCAUGUGAAGGCCCUGAAGAAGCUGAACGAACCUGUGGAGCACUGGGACACACCGCUGGUGAAUAUUUUGUCGUACAAGCUGGACCCACCCACUUUGCGAGCCUGGGAGGAGAAGACUAGUACGCAGGAUGACGUGAAGUACGAGGAGCUGGUAGAAUUCCUCUAUCAGCGCGUACGAGUGCUGAAUUCAGUAGGCUACGAGCACCAUCAGCAUCCAACGCCGUCGGCAAAGGUGGCCGGCAACAUUCCAAAACCCACCAAAAUCAAGUUCGCAGCCAACGCCGCUGCAUCCUCCAAUUCCUCCUCACCAUGUCUACUGUCUUGUUCCGACAAUCACGUCCUACGCAACUGCCCUAUCUUCCUCGGGAAGGAUGUACGCCUUCGCCGAGAAUUCGUCACGUUGAAGCGGUUGUGUUGGAACUGCCUGUGCAGUGGACAUCAGUCGAAGAAGUGUACGUCGAAGUACUCAUGUCGUACGUGCCACGAAAGACACCAUUCGCUGCUUCACGAUCCUGCUUUAUCCAAGUCGUCAUCGAGUUCAACCGUGUCAUCUACUAUUCCCGUUCAACAACCGUCUCCGUCCACUAGUGUGGGCACCCGGAGCUCCGCUCCUCCAAAUGUCAGCAUGGCAGUCCGAACUGCAUGCAAUACUGUUUUGUUGGAAACGGUUGUCCUCAAUGUCGUUGAUGAUCACGGACACGAGUACCAGGCAAGGGCCUUACUGGACUCGGCUUCAAUGUCCAACUUCAUUUCAAAGCCACUAGCAAAGCUGCUGUUCAACCCCCGUUCGAAAGUGGACAUAUCCAUAGCAGGGAUCGGCCUCUCCACGCACAGUGUGAAAAGUGCAAUUACCGCCACCAUCCAGUCGAGAACACAGGAGUUUUCGACGAAGCUACAGUUCCUCAUUCUUAGAAAACCUUCGGCACAGCUGCCGAUCAUACCACUCAACAUAUGGUCGUGGAAAAUACCAAGGGUUGCUCUCGCUGACCCUCAGGACCUUGUUAUCGGCAGUGAAACUUUCUGAAAGCUCCAUAGUAGUCAAAAGAUUCCGCUAGGGGAAGGACUUCCAUGCUUUUCUGACACGCCAUUCGUAUGGGCUGUUGCUGGCAACGCAUCCAGUCAACACAAUUGAAUUCCUCGGAUCUGCAACCUCUCUACGAAAGAUGAUCCGUUAGAAGCUACCUUCAGAAGUUCUGAAAUCGAGGAUAUCUCUGACGGACCAGCACUAUCCGUUGAAGAAGAUUGCUGUGAGAAGCACUACGUAGCUACUACCACCCGUGAUCCUUCUGGAAGGUAUAUCGUCAGUCUUCCUCGAACCGACAAUCCUGAUUUUGUCCUAGGAAGCUCAAGGGAUAUCGCAGAUCGCCGUCUUAUGAGUGUCGAGCGGCGUCUCGAACGUGACCCUGCCACCAAGGACGCAUACCAUCGUUUUAUGGACGAAUACCUCCAGUUAGGGCAUAUGAAGAAGCUAGUCGAUCCGGUAGACGACGAUCAACCGCACUGCUACAUACCGCACCACGCCGUCUUCAAAGAGUCAAGCACGUCUACAAAGGUUAGGGUCGUUUUCGAUGCGUCGUGCAAGACAUCCUCCGGGUAUUCAUUAAACGACACACUCUUGGUUGGACCAGUCGUUCAGGAGGAUCUGCUCUCCAUCGUGCUGCGUUUCCGCACUCGCUGCGUCGCUAUUGUCGCCGACGUGGAGAAAAUGUAUCGGCAGAUGCUCCACUCUCCGGAAGACCGCAAAUUCCUACGGAUUCGCUUCCGGACCAACUCCAAUGACCCUAUUUCCACUUACGAGCUGCAGACGGUGACCUACGGCACCGCGUCUGCUCCGUACCUUGCAACCAGGACUCUGCAGCAGAUUGCACGCGACAAUGGGCACCAGUUUCCAGCUGCAGUAGAUCCAGUCAUUUACGAUUUCUACGUUGACGAUUUCCUUUCGGGCGCUGAUGCCGUAGAAUCUGCAAUUGAAGUGAGGCAACAAGUGACAUCGAUGCUGAAGACUGCAGGCUUCCCAAUCAAGAAAUGGGCAUCGAAUGUUCCGGAAGUUCUUCAUGGUGUUCCUUCGGAAGAUUUAGCCGUUCAACCGCUGCGUGAACUUCAGGACGAGCAGGCAGUUUCAACCCUGGGUCUCGUGUGGGAGCCGAGAACCGACGCACUACGGUUCAAAGUCCAACUACCUCCACCGGCCAUAGUCCUGACAAAGCGAAAAGUGAUGUCUUACAUUGCGCAAAUCUUCGAUCCACUUGGUCUUCUACAGGAGGAGUGGAAGGCGUUUCAUAACACUCUACAUUUACUGAGCGAAGUUCGUGUCCCACGAUUUGUUUCGCUGCCAAACGCCGUCAAUCUCCAACUCCACUUCUUCGCCGACGCCUCUCAAGGAGCUUACGGAUCCUGUUGCUACGUACGAGCAGAAACCAGUGGCGGAGUAUCUGUUCAGCUACUGACGGCAAAAUCAAAGGUCGCGCCGUUAUCCAGUCGACAUUCCAUCGCCCGGCUGGAACUCUGUGCUGCACGACUAUCAACGCAGCUAUUCGAGAAGGUGGAUUUCGCCUUGAAGAUUUUACCUCCCGCUUAUUUUAGGGCGGACUCCACUACCGUUCUCCAUUGGCUACGAUAUCCUCCAAAUCGUUGGAAGGCUUUCGUAGCGAACCGAGUGUCGAAAAACCAACACUCGACCGAUGCCAGUCACUGGAAGCACGUAUCCGGUCUCGACAACCCCGUUGACGAAAUUGCACGUGGACUCAAACCUGUGGACAUGCUACAAUGCAGGCGCUGGUGGAACGGCCCAAUCUGGUUAUCACUCGAUUCAGAUCACUGGCCGAAUCUCAUUCCCACCGACGAAGAAGCAGAGACUAUCACCGAAGAACGCAAUGUGUCAUACGUUACGAUGAGCGUCAUACAGAACGAGUUCCAUGACAAUCUGUUUGCACGUUACUCCAGUUUCUCCAAGCUUCGUCGCGUUACUGCUUUCUGUUUACGAUACCUGCAAUCCUUGCGAGCACGCGCAGUACUGCGACGAACGGAAGCAGACAGCUACCACCAACUCAGUAUUCGCAAAGAUACCGUUUCUCCAGUCUCCACCGACGAAUUGCAACUUGCUGAACUUCAUCUGUGUCGGCUAGCUCAACAACAAUCGUUUCCUGCAGAGAUCUCUCACCUAUCGAGCGGUGAACCAGUCAUCAAAUCAUCCGCCAUGAAGUGGCUGAAGCCAUACAUCGACGAAGAUCGCAUUAUUCGCGUCGGUGGCCGGCUGCGGAACGCCACACUCUCCGAUUACGUCAAGCAUCCUAUCGUACUCUCUGCCAAACACCCGCUGUCGACUCUGCUGGCUAGUUUCUUUCACUUGAAGCUACUGCACGCAGGGCCGCAACUCCUGCUAGCCACACUGCGCCAGAAGUUUUGGAUUCUUGGCGGCAGAAAUUUGUCCAAAUCCGUUUUCCACCAUUGCCACACUUGCUUUCGUAGCAAGCCCACACUAGUCCAGCAGAGCACAGCAGAUCUUCCGGCAUCGCGAGUCUCUCCAACUCGUCCGUUCUCCGUAUGUGGAGUCGACUACUGUGGACCAUUCCUGUUGAAGGCAACCGUCCGCAAUCGUGCUCCAACCAAGGCUUACGUGGCAAUCUUCGUUUGCUUCGCCACGAGAGCCGUCCACAUCGAGCUUGUUAGCGACCUCACUACAGCUGCUUUCCUGGCAGCCCUCCGUCGUGUGGUUGCUCGAAGAGGAAGAAUCGCUGAGCUGCACUCGGACAAUGCGACAACUUUCAAGGGUGCGUCACACGCACUCAACCGUAUCUACCAGAUGCUGAAGGUGGACAACAACGAUCGGGAUCGGAUCUUCAAUUGGUGUGCGGAGAACGAGAUUCGGUGGAAGUUCAUUCCGCCACGUGCACCGCACUUUGGCGGGCUUUGGGAGGCUGCCGUCAAGUCAGCAAAGAAGCACCUCCUGAAAAUAGUAGGCAACACUAACAUUGCCUAUGAACAGAUGUUGACUCUACUGGCACAGGUCGAAAUGUGCCUCAAUUCCCGUCCGCUGACUCCGAUGCCAAGUGAACCGUCCGAUCUGGAGGUCCUAACUCCAGGACAUUUUCUCGUCGGGGCCAACCUUCAAGCGGUACCCGAUGCUGAUUUUCGAGGGAUUCCUGACAACCGUCUGGAAGUUUACGAUGUGGUUCAGAAGCAUCUUCAGAACAUCUGGGCCCGCUGGUACCCGGAGUACCUUCAACAGCUACAGUCACGGGCAACGAAAGGCUGCAAUCCCCCGGUCACCGUUGAGGUGGGCCGCAUCGUCGUCGUGAAGGAAGACAACAUCCCUCCUGCUAGCUGGCCACUCGGGCGUAUUAUGAAGCUGCACCCGGGCAAGGACGGGGUCGUCCGCGUCGUAACUCUACGCACUGCCCCAGGAAAGGACAUCGUUCGUGCCGUAGCCAAGAUCGCUCUACUGCCGUCACCGGAUCCAAGCAUCUGA